CGUUGGUCACCACUCACCAUCAUCGACGAGAUGGCUUUGUAAACUUCUCUUUUUAAGCACCGACACUCUCUCUAAUUCCAAACCGCGUUUCCCCGCACCGAAUUCCGACACCUAAGAUCCCCGCGAAAUCAACCGGAUUAACGGCAAUUCCCCCCCAACUUCGCCCCAUCGUCAUCGUCAUCGUCUUCCUCUCGAAUCCAAAAAACCAGAUCUUUCAGAUCCGAAGAAGAAGGAGGAGGAAGAAGGAAUAAUGGGUUCUCUCCCUCCUCUCCCCUCCGUCUACCCGGAUCAAGAAAAUAGCCCCGCCAUUGCCGCCGCCGCCGUCGACGAGCCGACCCUUCUCAAGCUCUUCCAAUCCCAGCAGAGCCAUCUCAACUUCUUCUUCCAGCACCUCGACCUCCCCCAGACCCUCCGCUUCACCCGCACCCUCCUCCUCAAGGCCGGCGCCGGCGGCACCAUCUUCUUCACCGGCGUCGGGAAGUCCGGCUUCGUCGCCCACAAGAUCUCCCAGACCCUCGUCUCCCUCGGCAUCCGCUCCGGGUUCCUGCCCCCCGUCGACGCCCUCCACGGCGACAUCGGCAUCCUCGCCGACCGCGACGCCCUCGUGCUCUUCAGCAAGUCCGGCAACACCGAGGAGCUCCUGCGGCUGGUGCCCUGCGCCCGCGCGAAAGGCGCCUUCCUGAUCGCGGUCACGUCAACCGAGGAGAACCUGCUGACGCGAUGCUGCGAUAUGAACGUGUACUUGCCUCUGGAGAGGGAGCUGUGCCCCUUCGACCUCGCCCCCGUCACCUCGACCGCGAUACAGAUGGUUUUUGGGGAUACCGUCGCGAUCGCCUUGAUGGGCGCCAGGAAUUUGAGCAAGGAGGCUUACGCCGCCAAUCACCCCGCCGGGAGGAUCGGCAAGUCUCUCAUUUUCAAGGUAAAAGAUGUGAUGAAGAAGCAAAAUGAACUACCCAUCUGUAGGGAAGGAGAUUUGAUAAUGGAUCAGCUUGUGGAGCUAACAAGUAAAGGGUGUGGGUGCCUUCUUGUCAUAGAUGAAGAGUACCACCUGAUUGGCACUUUUACUGAUGGGGAUCUCCGACGCACUCUGAAGGCUAGUGGAGAGGGAAUCUUCAAGCUCACAGUGGGUGAAAUGUGCAACAGGAAGCCGAGAACCAUAGGCCCAGAUGCAAUGGCAGUUGAAGCUAUGGAGAAGAUGGAAUCUCCACCAUCACCAGUACAGUUUUUGCCCGUCAUCGAUCACCAGAAUGUACUGAUUGGCAUCAUCACAUUGCACGGUCUGGUCUCGGCUGGCCUCUGACUUGCAUUAUUUGGUUAGAUUCAAUUCUGUUCUUUUAGGAGGGGGAGAGAGGCUGCGCUUCUCCUGUGGAUCAGAUUAUUUGUGUUCGUGAACAGCUGAGUUAUUCGUUAGGUGUACUGCACCGUAAAAUACUCACACCCCUCUGUUGCAAGAGAGCGUGCCAUUUUGUAACAGAGUUUCAGCACAAAAAUUACACAAUCUAUGGUGGAAACGCUCACAGA